UGGCAGGCCCUCAGGGUGGCCCGGAAAAGUUCGUUGGUGGGGAGGGCAGCAAGGCCAACUCCACCAGCACUGAAGUAAAAAAAAGGACCAGUCCUUCCUCUACGGCGAUUUCCCUUCAAGGAGCCUCUAUCCCCGCUCCUCGAUACUGCCUCACCUCCGUCGAUCCGUAAACCACCAGCUCAGGAACCUGACGACGGUGAAUUCCCCGAAGUGCCCUCAUUUUCCCUCCUAGGUGACGGUCCAAGCUUCUUUACCGACCCAACUUCACGAAGGAACGCCUCGACUUGGUAUCGCGCAAGCUCGAGAAACUCCAGCGCAAGAUGGCGCGUCCCCAGCUCAUCUUCGUGGACGGCUCGUUCGCCGAGCUGGCCCAGGAAAUAGCAGAUUACGUCCAAGUUGGAGACCAGGUCAAGCCACUGCUUGAGAAGGAGGAGAACGAAGACGCGCUCCAGGCCAUUGUCAAGGCCUCGAGCCACCUCAACACAGUGCCGGAAAAGGAGUUCACUUCGGCCUACAAUCUCCUUAUCCACCUCGUUCUCCAAUCAAAGAACCCAAAGAAGUACCUCCCGAUCGUCUGCGGGAACCUUCUGAAACCCAUCACAUCGUCACCAGUCCACGGCGUAACCCUCGCCGCGAAUGCGCUCAGCACGGUCUUCAACCUGCUCGAAGAGAGUAAUCCGCUGCGAUAUAAUGUAUUCAUGCAGAUCCUCCGCUUCAUCAAGCAGCACGGCCAAUAUGACCUGCUCAAGCCCCGCCUGAAGAACCUGCCGAAAUGGCUGAAGGAUUGGGAUGUGGAUGAGGAGGACGAGCGCAAGCUGUACGUCGAGGUUGCUGAGAUUGCAGCCGAGGGCGGAGAUGACGAGGAGUCAUACCACCAUCUUCUCAAGGCCUUGAGCUCGUUCGACCGGGAGGAUCAGGAGGAGAUCACCUCGGAGGAAGCCCAGAUGCUUUCCCUCCGUGCCCUGCGCAUGGCUCUGCUCUCGCCCACACAAUUCGACUUCCAGGACCUCCGAUCGCUGCCGAGCGUGCACGCACUCAGCGACUCUCACCCCGUGUACUCGCAACUACUGGAUAUCUUCACCGAGCAAGAUCUCGAGGACUACAACGACUUCAACGAGGAGCACGAGGGCUUCAUCGAGAAGGAGAAGCUGGACCACGAGAAGUUGGAGCGCAAGAUGCGCCUGCUCACCUUCGCCAGCUUGGCCGCGAGCACUCCGAAUCGCGAGAUUCCCUACCAGGGCAUCGCCAAGGCACUCCAAGUGCCACUAGAAGAGGUUGAGAUGUGGACGAUCGACGUGAUCCGUGCGAAGCUGGUCGAGGGGAGGUUGUCCCAGCAGAAGAAGGUGUUCCUCGUGCACCGCACCACCUACAGGGUCUUCGGCGAGAAGCAGUGGCGCGAGCUUGGCACAAGGGUCGAUCGGUACAAGACGGUCGUGGACCACCUCAUCACCGUCAUCCGUCGGCAGGAGAGCGAGGUGGCUGCCCAGAAGGAGCGGGAGGUUCAGGAGAUCGAGCGCAAGCUGGCAGGUGCAGGCAUGGGCGGCGGAAUGGGCGGCGGCGACCGUCGUCGUGGCGGUGGCCAGCAACAGCAAAAGCCGCGCGAACGCGACGAGAAUGACGACUGAAGCGGCUCUCUCGCCAUGACGGCUAGAAGGCGAACAACGAACGUCUUCCAUCUGGCGGCCAGGACCGGGGACUUUGCCACGAAUAGACAGGCGCCUAUUGCUACAAUUUUUUUUGCUAACCGGCACAUGCCGACCUUGCUUUCUCUCGCCGAUCCCCGGUACCAGAGUAGUCAAUGAUUGCGAUCAUAGGGGGUUUACGACUGCAUAGCCAGGCAGGGGAAAAGGUGUGCCAUUCAUGAUUGCAGUCGGAUCUGCAAAUAGAAAAGGAAAUCAAAGAAAGGCAAGGCAUGGAUGGCCAUGAAACUGCCAGAAGAUCAAGUUAAACCAUACACCGGGCCAAUUCUCGAUCCGCGAUGUGAAGACGCCCCAUGCUCCGCUUUCCGAAGUCUACAUGUUUAUAAAUGCUGUCCCAAUUCUAUCC